AUGACGGAAUUAACGCCAAAGACGCGAACUGUAUUGCUCGAUAAACAAACCUAUACCCUGGAAAAUUGUAUUUUCCAGAAUCUCAGCACAUCAAGUAACCAAGGUUCUGCUAUCUACUACAACUACAAUAAUGGCAAUGGUGCACUAUUCAUAAUUGCAUGCCGUUUUCUCAACUGCAAUGCUGACAGAUCGGGUGGAGCCAUUAGGGCACAAAAAUAUCAAACCUUUGAAAUUAAUACCACCACUGCCGAAAACUGUCGUACAGGUCAGAGCGGGGACGAAACGUUCAAGUGGGGACAGUUUGUAUACGCGGACAGCAUUGAAACCUCUCACACAACCAUCAAGUCUGUUACUCUUGAUAAAUGUCCAGGCGAAAUUGUUGAUGCAAACCAAAGACCUCUUAGAAUUGAAUCAACUACUUUCCAUUUCACUGAUUCUAAUAUAUCCAACUGUGCUUGCUCUUAUUGCUUUGCAUUUUACGCAGGCCAUUGCGAUUUAGAUGUAUCGUACAUCAACGUUGUUAAUGGAUCUGCAUAUGCUGUUGCAGUUGAAUUAGAAUAUUGCACUGGUUCGCUGAAACAUAUAUCGUUUGACCACGUCAAGCAAGAAUAUGCAAACAUGUCUGUUAUCUACUACUUUAACUCCACAGUUACAAUGGAUGCAUUCAGUUUCACAAACUAUGAUAUUAAUAUUUCUGCUCAUCUCUUUGGUUACAGUAAGAAAGGUGUUCCUUCUGGUCACGCAACACUUUCUCACCUUGUCUGCAACCCAGAAUUCCAUAAUGUUCAAGAAGCUGAUCCAAAUGAAACUCCAGCACCAGAAAAACCAACACAAGAACCAGAAAAACCAACACAAGAACCAGAAAAACCAACACCAGCACCAGAAAAACCAACACAAGAACCAGAAAAUCCGACACAAGAACCAGAAAAACCAACACCAGCACCAGAAAAACCAACACAAGAACCAGAAAAACCAACACCAGCACCAGAAAAACCAACACCAGCACCAGAAAAACCAACACAAGAACCAGAAAAACCAACACAAGAACCAGAAAAUCCGACACAAGAACCAGAAAAACCAACACAAGAACCCACUCAAAUCUCUUCAAGCAGCGGCCAGCCAGCAAAUGUAGAUGAAAGAAAAGCAGAAAAGGGUGGACUUGGUUCAGGAGCAAUAGUCGCUAUUGUCAUUGUUGUAAUAGUUGUUAUUGUAGUUAUCAUUGUUGUUGUCUACUUCUUCGUCAUCCGAAAGAAUCAUGAUUAUAAGAACGAUAUCGGAUCUGACACUGGAUCAGCAGAAACAGAAGAGGAAAUCCCAGCUCCAGGAGCUGUUGCUGAUGAAAAAAUGAUGGGAAGAACCGUCGAUUAUCAGACAAAGGAUGACUCAAUCGUUUAUGCUACCCAGACUAAUGGUCCUGAUGUGGAUAUUGUCCCAUGA